AAAAUUCUUUAAUAAGGAUCGUCUUCUCAUUAAACUGUUCGAAAAACAAACCCUUAUAACAUUUAAGGAACUUUUGAGAGCCGAAUCAAAUUUGAGGUGGACAUAUACAAAAUUAAACUGUAACUCAAGAAGAUGUUUAAUAUAGUAUCUAGAUCAAGAUGUACAUUUAUAAGAAUCUGUAAAUUUCAUCAUCCAAUAAAACAAGGAUCUAUUGAUCAACAAAAAUAGAGAGGGUAGUAGUCAUCAUGGCCGAAAACUGCGAAGCUAAACUGGACGACGAUUUCCUAUUUUACUGCAACUUCACCUGCACCUUUUUGAAACGCAUCCUCGAUCACGACGUGUUCAGGAUGGCCCGAAACUGGAUAGUGAAACUUUGCUGCGAACCUUGCGAGGGUGUCGACAGGAAACGUUGCAGGAAUAUGUACCUGGCCAAUUUGUUGAUUUGCAUGCAAAACGGCAAACUCGAAGAACCGUUUUUACAACCGCCGGCUUAUGUGGAUAUAUCUGAUGCUACGCAGAUCUUCGGUAGUGUUCCAGAGACCGUAGAAAAACCGUCAUGGCUCAACGACACCGACUUCGAAAUCCAUCACAAACCUACCGCCAACGACAAGCCUGGAAGAACUUAUUUUGCAACGAAAACCUUGCCCAACGGUCAAGGGGCUUUCGCCUACGUCGGCAUCAGCCUAACAGAUGACGAUUGGAUGGUUCCUGCGAUGGCAGCUGGAGACACUUCGCUGAAAAGACAAGCGGCCGUGGACAAGCAGCUAAGUCAAAAAUACCGCGAGGAGGUGCCACAAUACGAAAUGGAAAAAAUUCUAGCCAAACGUAAAAACCCCAGAGAACGCGAACGUGUUUUGGCGUUUUACGAUGCCCUUUUGCAAAUCGUUGCCGACGAGCUUAGCGGCAAAGCGUCAGAAUUCAACGAGACAAUCGAAGGCUUGCUGGAGCAAUUGAUCGACGACCUGAAAACCAAAGGCCAAUACGGCUUCGACCAAUUGGACGAGUACCAGAAACGCAUGGAACUGUUGGCGAUGCUCUACGACCGAAUCAAAAUUCGACGGGACAAAGUGGCACGUCGAGAAGAAAUCCUAGACGAUAUCGAGCAGAAAAUGUUGCCACAAUUGUUCGACGUUUCGGCCACAGAGCCUGAGGACGAAUAUCAAUUACCUGCAGCCAUGUGGCAACAGGCCAUAGAAAAAAUGCCCAGCCGACGUCAAAUGGAGCAUCUAAAACUUGCCUAUCCGAUUCCCGUAGUGGAAAGAUUCAUUGUGCUUUUGGCUGCUUUCAAGGAGGACAUUGCGGAAAGGAUGCAUCGAAUGCACGAACGUAUCGCUACUCAAAUGAAGCGGGAGCUGAGGAAGGAGGGUUUGAAAAAGAAACGAGAAGCUGAUCGUGCGGAGAAAAUGUGUCUGGAGACUGAGCAAACUUACAAAGCGGUUACUGAGCAUUGGAAACAUGUGCAAGCGCUUGAAGAGCAAAACCUCGCGCAAACCGCCGUGUUUGUGAGCGACCACACACGUUUGUACGAAGACCUCAAGGCUGCCGCUUUGGACACGCAGAAAUUGGUCGAAGAAGAGGCGGCCAAAGGUAAAUUCUUGGCCGAGCAAAUCAACACUUUGGCCGUGCAAGGGGUAACGAUCAAAGAAAUCAACGUUGAAACAAUAAAGAAGCGCGAGCAAGUCAACGCCAAAAUUUUGAGGAGCAUCAAACACUUGAAUCACAAUAUUAAAAUUUACGAGUCGAGGAUUUCGGAUAUUCGGAAUAUGGGCGAUCAGACUAGGAAGAAUGUUACGCAAAUUUUAGCUGGGAAUCUUGAUUAAUUGUUGGUUUUUAUCCGAGGAGUAAUUUGAUAUUUAAAAAAAAAUAAUGGUGUUUUGACAGCUGUUGUAUCGGUUUCUAUUUACCUGAAUAAAGAAACCUAAACAAAAAUAA